UACUUAAUAAAAUUAGAAACUUACUUCAUAUAAUUUUGGAGGUUGAAACAAUGAAGUUUUUUUUUUUUUUUUGAAAAGCAAACUUCUAUAUAAUAUUGUAUUGCUUUUCCAAAUUCAAUUCUAAUACAUGUUUGAUUUAACUUAAUAACCGUACUUAUUUUUAAAUCAUAAUUUCCAUUUACGUUAUUACUUUUGUCACUCUAUUCAAUAUUCACAGUAAAAUUUCAAAUCCAUAAUAUGAGACCGAAAUAUAUUAAAUCAAAUCAAGCUCCGUCAAGAAAUCCAUAAUACUUUCAACAACAAAAAAAAAAAAAAAAAAAAAAAAAAAAAAAAACAUAAUACUUAAUUCGUAAAUAACUUGACAAAAAGUUGAAUAUUCACAUUCCAAAUGAAUUAAUUAAUGAAUUAAUUAGCCUCACAUUCAAAUACCAUUAUCGGUUUAUUAUACAAGUAUACACUUUCCCACCUUCCAUCCAUCUCAACCUCCUUCCUUCCUUCUCCUAUAACCCCUUUCUUCUUCCUUUCGCUCUCCUCAACAAAAUUAUCAUGAAAGACAAUCACCACCACCAACGUCAACAACACCAGCAGCAGCUACCGUUACACCAUGAAGUUUCUGGAAGAAUUCCUCAAACUAUCUACGUUACCCAAAACCAACAGCGUACCUUAUCAUCCUCAUCUUAACAUACGCCCUUGGCUACUUUACCGCCUCACCUUCUCUCUCCUCCAACGAACAACUCACUUCUCCUCCUCCUGAUUCUGCUUCCACUACUCCAACUGUCGUUAAUCUCGUUACAACAACUAAAAACUGCCCUCUUGCCACGUCAUCUACUGUCCUCGACAAGAACGACCACAACCGGUUCGGCCCGGUUUGUUCCAACCGGUCCCACCCGAAACAAUCCGGUCUAUAAUCCUAAACCGGGUCUACAACGGAACCUCGCCCUACGAGAACUUUCCACCACCCCACGUGGCAGAAUUACUACGUCCUAAGCGAGUCAAAGGGUGGGGCUCAUACGGCGCCGUUUUCGAAAACCUUAUCAGGAAAGCCCAACCAAAAACAAUCAUUGAAGUCGGAACAUUCUUAGGCGCAUCAGCAACUCACAUGGCUCAGUUAACUCGCCAACUCGGACUCCAAACUCAGAUCCUCUGCCUCGACGAUUUCCGUGGUUGGCCCGGGUUUCGCGACCGAGUUGACUACGUCCCCGUCCAAAACGGCGACGUUUUGCUCUUCGCGCAGUUUCUACAAAACGUGAUUUACCUGAACUCGAGCGAGUCAACACUACCGAUUCCGUUUACAACGGGGUCAACGCUUGAGAAGCUUUGCGAAUGGGGGGUAAUGGCGGAUUUGAUAGAGGUGGAUGCGGGUCAUGAUUUUCACUCGGCUUGGUCGGAUAUAAACCGGGCUUAUAAAUUACUUAGACCGGGUGGUGUCAUGUUUGGGCAUGAUUAUUUUACUAAGUAUGAUGAUAGAGGUGUUAGGAGAGCUGUUGAUUUGUUUGCCAAGGUUAAUGGGUUUAAGGUUAAUGUUGAUGGUCAACACUGGGUUAUUGAGUAAACUCGGUUCGACUUGUUGUUUUAUACAUACAUAGAUAGAUAAGACAUUGCAAAUAGUGUGAGAUCAGAUACGAGUAAUAUUUUGUUUUACGGUUGAUUUGAUUUGCACAAAUGUGUAGAUUAUACGGUUGUAGAAAAUAAAGAAAUGAAUUGAAACAAAACGAUGAGAUUUUUUUGA